AUGGAUGAAGGCCAAGGCAAAGUUUUCAUACCAGACUCGAUCCAGGGUGUGAGUUACGAUGUGGCUGGACAGAUUCAACUGAUUUGGGAAUUGAUCAAAGCGCCAUUGAUAGUUCCAUUGCUGAAGCUUGGGGUGUACAUUUGUUUAGCAAUGUCCCUCAUGCUCUUCAUGGAAAGGCUCUACAUGGGUAUCGUCAUAAUCCUCAUCAAGCUCUUCUGGAAAAAACCAGAACAGCGUUACAAGUACGAGCCCAUCCAAGACGAUGUCGAAUUGGGAAGCUCAAAUUUCCCUACGGUUCUUAUUCAAAUCCCAAUGUUCAAUGAAAGAGAGGUUUACAAAGUGUCCAUUGGAGCAGCUUGUGGGCUUUCAUGGCCCACUGACCGUCUCGUGAUCCAAGUCCUCGAUGAUUCAACUGACCCUGCCGUUAAGCAAAUGGUGGAGACAGAGUGUCAAAGAUGGGCAAGCAAAGGCAUCAACAUAAUAUACCAAAUCAGAGAAAACAGAACGGGUUACAAAGCGGGUGCACUGAAAGAAGGCUUGAAACGAAGCUAUGUGAAGCACUGCGAGUAUGUGGCAAUUUUCGACGCGGAUUUCAGGCCAGAACCUGAUUUCCUGAGGCGAGCAAUUCCCUUCUUGGUGGGUAACCCUGAGCUUGCUUUGGUUCAAGCUCGUUGGAGAUUUGUGAAUGCUGAUGAAUGUUUGUUAACAAGAAUGCAAGAGAUGUCCCUGGAUUACCACUUCACAGUAGAGCAAGAAGUUGGGUCAGCCACUCAUGCUUUCUUUGGUUUCAAUGGGACUGCGGGUGUUUGGAGAAUUGCUGCUAUAAACGAAGCAGGAGGGUGGAAAGACAGAACAACCGUGGAGGACAUGGAUCUUGCUGUUCGUGCCAGUCUUAGGGGGUGGAAAUUUUUGUACCUUGGAGACCUUCAGGCCAAAAGUGAGCUUCCUAGCACUCUGAGAGCCUUCCGAUUCCAGCAGCAUCGAUGGUCUUGUGGUCCUGCUAAUCUAUUCCGCAAAAUGGUGAUGGAGAUAGUAAGGAACAAGAAAGUAAGAUUUUGGAAGAAAGUGUACGUUAUAUACAGCUUCUUCUUUGUUCGUAAAAUCAUAGCCCACAUGGUCACCUUCUGUUUCUACUGUGUCGUACUUCCCCUAACAAUUUUGGUCCCCGAGGUUCGUGCUCCAAUAUGGGGAGCUGUUUAUAUUCCUGCCAUCAUCACUAUCCUCAAUUCAGUAGGAACACCAAGGUCCAUUCACCUUUUGUUCUACUGGAUCCUUUUUGAGAAUGUGAUGUCGUUGCACCGUACCAAGGCAACCUUAAUAGGUCUGCUAGAAGCUGGAAGAGUAAAUGAGUGGGUUGUUACUGAAAAACUUGGAGACUCUGUCAAUAAUAAGAAUAAAGCAGGAGAUGCUUCCAAGAACAAGACCAAUGCCACCAAAGCAAUCAAAAAACCUCGAUUCAAAUUUGGUGAAAGACUUCAUUUAUUGGAGCUUGGUUUUGCUGCCUUCCUCUUCAUCUGUGGAUGCUAUGACUUCGUGCAUGGGCAGAACAACUACUUUGUGUACCUCUUCCUUCAGACCAUAACCUUCUCAAUUGUUGGAUUUGGUUAUGUUGGCACCAUUGUCUGAAGCUUGUUGAGCCGACAUCUCAAAUUACUUAAGUUUCAGAGUGUUGUGUCUAUAUAUUUAUGGUUUGUCUCCUCUAUAAAAUACACAGAGAGGGGGGUGGGGGUUAAAUUCUUAAAGCAACAAAGCGCUCUACCAAAUCUACAGCUAAUUUAAAGCUGAUUAUUUUCAUGUUGGGAAAGAGAAGUUCUUCCCAAGAUUUCUAUGCUUUCUGUCAAGAAGAUCCAGACAAAUCACAGGCAAAGAGUGUUGUUGAAAUGCAUUACACAGGAUCAUGGACGAGCAAAAAGAUCUA